GAGAGGUUUACACUAGUGAAGUGAAUAGCAAACAGAAAGAACAAGUACUGAAAUGAAUGGUUUUGAAAAAAAAAAAAUAGGAUGAAACUGAAUUAUUAGAGAUUAUGGGUUAUAAAAAUUUGCAUUAUGUAAAUAUAUGUAUUAUGUGCAAAAUAUAAAGAAGUGCAUUUCCAUUCAAAGCAGGGUAGCCCAUGCAAAAAUCUUCUUGAAAUUCACCAAGAUCCCGGUCUUCUAGAUAUCUUCAGUUCAACGACAGUCGUCUGCAAUACUUGAGAUACUUAUUCUUGUUGUUGAUGUGGUAAUCAAAUAUGUGAAACAAGCAUUUUGUGAAGAAGUUGUAGUAUAUAAAAAAACGGUUAUUACCACAAGAGAAAAGUGAAUGUACAUAACUGUGUAAAAACUGAGGUAGAAGUGCUGUAAGAGAACACAGUAUAAGAUAAAAGAUAGGAAAACAGACAUUAUUCCUUCACAUUGAGAGCAUGUGUGGUAGUCACCUAGCAGUGUCGCUGCUGUAUGAAUGUAAUAAAUGGAGAGAAAACCAUCAGCCAUAUUGCCUGUACUUCAUAUACGUGCAUCAGUGUGCCUGUGGGCAACCAAGGCUGUUCAAGAAUGGAAAAAACCUAGGAGCAUAUGGAGUAAGGUAUCUACGUCGAGUAAGUUCAAGUAGUGUAGAGUUGGAGAGUGAAGGAGAGGAGGAAGAGCCCCUUUCCAGCCCCCAGAGUCCCUCCAGCCCCUCCACCACAACAAACGCCACAACACCUCGAAAUGAGUCACUCUCUUCCCUCUCACACCCAGAGACACACAAUCCCUGGCUUCAGCAGUGCCAUCAGACAACACUUCACAAACUAAAGCAAAAGUCUGAUCCAUCUAAUGUUGUCGAAUGCAUAAUGUUGGAAAACCUGACCUUCAAAUUCCGAUAUCCUUGUGUACUAGACCUGAAGAUGGGAACCAGACAAUACGGGGAUGAUGCCCCUGAGAGUAAACGCAAGAGUCAAACUGCCAAGGCAGCUAACACAACAACAAUAACAUUAGGAGUCAGAUUAGCAGGCAUGCAGGUCUACAACAAGGAAAAGAAGUGUUAUCAUUGCAGGAAUAAAUAUUAUGGACAGAAACUUACGGAAGAGGGUUUUAAAGAGACUUUAUGGCAGUUUCUUCACAAUGGUCACAGAGUUCGACUUGAUAUAGCUGAAUCAAUAAUAAGCAAGUUAGAAGAAUUAAGAGCUAUUAUAUCUAAACUAGACUCAGUUCGAUUCUUUACCUCAUCUUUAUUAAUUAUUUAUGAUGGAUACGACCCAUACAGUGUGAAACUUAAUCAGCGAGAGAGAGAGUGUGAGAGAGAAAGAGAGACCAAAGAUGUGGACACAAAUCGGGUCAAGAAGCGGCCAGAUUCUCGAGCGGAUGAUGGAAAUUCUCCUCGGGAUAAUUGGCCAUCAAAGGAAUCCUGUCCACCCAGUCUAGGGGCUAAGCAUCCUGCAUAUAUGCGUGAUACACCAACUACGGGUGGAGGGAAGGCCCCCAGAGAGCAGAUAAGUAGGAAUGAAGGGGAGCCUCCAUAUAAAGCAAAAGGCAGACACCGAAACAGGAACUAUAAACCUCCAAUUGACAUACGCCUCAUAGAUUUUGCCCAUGCCACUCACAAGGGCAUGGGCGACUCCAAAGUUUACAGUGGGCCUGACGAAGGUAUAAUGCUUGGUCUUGAAAGUCUUGGCAAAAUAUUUACUGAUAUUAGAGAAACCUUCGACCAUUGACACUGACAUUUUCACAAGACCUAUUUAUUCUAGGUCUUUUAAAUGUGUUUUUGUCUAUGUUAGACAUCACAUAUUCAGAUUCAUCACAUAUGAAUAUUUCAGUAUGUUGUGUAUGUGCAAAUGUAGUUGUACAUUUAUUAUUCCAUGUCAGAAAGAUGGUUGUACAUAGGGUACCCUUGAAGGGGAUGCCUUGAUGGUGGUGAAGGGCUCUUGAUUCAAGGACUUGGAGCUACACUUCCCUUCCUUGGAUCAAAUCUGAUUACCUCCCAUUCCCCAGGCGCUGUAUGACCCCAAUGGGCUUAGCGCUUCUCCAUGAUUAUAACAAUUAUGUACAUAGGGUAUCCCAACUUCUAUAUUCCUUCAAAAAGAUUAUAGAUGUAGCAACCCAUGGCAUAGGCAACUUUGAAUCAUUUUAAUUGUAUUGGUUAAAAUCUCAUAAUCUGUAAAUUCAUGGUUGUCCAUCAGCUCAGUGCAGUGCCAAAGCACCAUCAGUCCUAAAUUGUGUUUCAUGAGGGGGGAGCAAUAAACGGUUAGACUGA